AUGGCACCCCACGAUGUCGAGCGCGGUAGCAUUAGCAAGAUGAAGGAGGAGUCACUUGCGCCAGGGAGUUCCUUUAGUAUGCGCGAGCCCGAGUACAACGAUAUUCUGCCGCCAUCCUACUGGGGCCGCUUUGUUGACGGCUUCAGGCGUGAUCAACGGUCAAGCUUGUUCACGAAUGACCCUCUUAGCCAGCAUGAGGGAUCGAGUAGAGUGCACGACGGGUCGCAUUACUAUGACUUACAGAGUGCUAUGUUAGAGACCGCCAAUUCAGGUCUAGCGAGAGAAUUGAAAGGGCGUCAUUUACAAAUGAUUGCAAUUGGGGGUUCUAUAGGGACUGGACUCUUUGUCGCAUCGGGAAGAGCUCUGGCAGAUGGAGGACCAGCAUCAAUAUUGCUGGCUUUUACUAUCGUAGGAGCCAUGCUCUUUUGUACAUGUCAGGCGUUGGGUGAACUGGCAGUAAUCUUCCCAAUUGCUGGGUCGUUUUCAUCGUGGGCGACCCGAUUUCUUGAUCCUUCCUGGGGGUUCGCAAUGGGUUGGAACUACGCGAUGCAAUGGUUGAUCGUCUUGCCACUCGAGAUUAUUGCUGCAUCUCUAACCCUUUCAUACUGGGACGAUAGUCUUACUCGAGCUAUCUUCGUCUCAGCAUUCUUAGUACUUAUCAUUGUAAUCAACAUGUUUGGUGUCAAAGGCUACGGCGAAGCCGAGUUUAUCUUUUCCUCAGUCAAGGUCGUCGCUGUUAUUGGCUUUAUCCUUCUCGGCAUCGUUCUCAACUGUGGCGGGACGCCAGAUAGUGGCUAUAUCGGAGGACGUUUCUGGCAGGACCCUGGUGCCUUCAACAACGGUUUCAAAGGAAUGUGCAACGUCUUUGUCACAGCCGCAUUCUCCUUUGCUGGCACUGAACUUAUUGGUCUCGCUGCUGCUGAAACUGCUAAUCCACGAAAGUCGCUGCCAACGGCUCUAAAGCAAGUGUUUUGGCGAAUCACUCUUUUCUAUAUAGUUGCCCUUACCUUAGUAGGGCUCCUCGUUCCUUACACUGACCCUCGACUUACUACGGGUACUAGUGACGCAGAUGCAGCUGCGUCACCUUUUGUCAUUGCUAUCGAAGAAGCAGGCAUUCAAGUUCUGCCGUCGGUCAUGAACGCGGUCAUCCUCACUGCUGUUCUAUCCGUCGGAAACUCGGCAGUCUUUGGAUCUUCCCGUACUCUCGCCGCCCUUGCAAAUCUUCGACAAGCUCCGAAGAUCUUUGGUUAUGUAGAUCGCAAAGGCCGUCCGCUCGUCGCUAUUGCUAUUGCUAGUGCCUUCGGCCUUAUUGCCUUCCUCGCCGAUCUUCCUGAACAAGGUGCUGUGCUCGACUGGCUUAUGUCUAUCUCGGGUCUAUCAACGAUCAUCACAUGGGGCUCCAUCUGCGUCUGCCACAUCCGCUUCCGCCGUGCCUGGGCCGCCCGUGGUCGAUCUGUCUCAGAAUUACCUUUCCAAUCCCAGGUCGGUGUCAUCGGUUCAUGGGUUGGAAUCACCCUGAACGUUCUUGUCAUCAUCGCUCAGUUCUGGGUAGGAGCAUUUCCCAUAGGCUGGCAGGAGUUGUCAGGCUCCGAGAUCGCGCGCAACUUCUUUCAUAAAUGGGUUGGUGCACCUUGCGUUCUUGCUUUCUACAUCUUUCACAAGCUCUAUUUCCGCACCACAUUUGUGAGGACUCGAGAUAUGGACGUUGAUACUGGACGUCGGGACUUCAACGUUCCUAUACUUGUUGCUCAAGAAAAGGAGGAACGCGAAAGCUGGCCGCGGUGGAAAAGGUACUAUAAAUUUAUGUGCUGA